AUAGACCAAACGAGCUGGGAGAGAGAAAUAGCAUACAAAACUUGACACAUCCUUUUUAGUUUCUUCAAACGUGCAAGUACAACCUGGAGUGCGCAGAAAAAGGCUGAAUUAUAGCACCAUUUGACGCGUUGGACACUGAAGAAAACCAGACGCAUGCCGUUGCUAUAAAUAACAGUACAUAAGACCGUGUGCAAUGGCUCCGUCGCUCUCGCAGGCCUACAUGAGGCGCUGGUGGAUGGCUGUCACAUCAAUCAUAGAAAACCUGCUCUUCUCUGCUGUAUUGUUGGGUUGGGGCUCCCUUCUUAUCAUGCUGAAGAAUGAGGGCUUCUACUCGCACAUGUGUACAGAGAAUGUCACAGAGACUGACACUAAUGUGAAUGUAACGGAACAGACGGUUUGGCUGAGCUGUGUUGAGCAGGAGGAGAUUCUGAAUCUGGGCUUUACGAUUGGCUCGUUCAUCAUCAGCGCAGCCACUCUGCCACUAGGUGUCCUGAUGGACAAGUUUGGUCCACGUCCAAUCAGAUUGUUUGGCAGUUCAUGCUUUGCAUUCUCCAUGGUUUUGAUUGCAGUAGCAUCUUAUGAUCCAAAAGUGUUAUCAGCUCUCAUAUUUAUUGCUGUGUCCAUGAAUGGGUUCGGAGGAAUCUGUCUAACCUUCACUUCACUAACAUUGCCAAAUAUGUUUGGAAAUGUGCGGUCUACGAUUCUUUCACUUAUGAUUGGCUCAUACGCCUCCUCGGCUGUCACUUUUCCGGGAGUCAAGCUGAUCUACGAUGUGGGUGUCUCAUUUUCUGUUAUAUUCUGGGUUUGGGCAGGGUUUGCCUGCCUCGUCUUCCUCAACUGCAUUAUUAAUUGGCCAGGAGAAUCUUUUCCUGGUCCUGAGGACAUCAGAUACAAUACAAUGGUGAAGUUGAGAGGUGAAGCAGUGGACCACAAGAUGACUGAAGAACGUUCAUUCACUCAGGACACUCAUAAAGAGCAAGAGGGGACCAAAAAACAACCUUCCACUGAUGAAGCAACCAGUGACAGAACAGUUGCACAGAGCCUGGGAUCCCCUCCCUUUUACCGUUCUGUGUGCUCACCUAUUUUCCUGUGGAGCAUCAUCACCAUGGCGAUGACCCAGCUCCGUGUCAUUUUUUUCAUGGGUGCCAUGAAUAAGAUGUUGGAGUUUCUGGUUACCCAUGGUGACUCUCAACCCUCAGAGGAGUUAGUGAAGGAGGCAGAUGAGAAAGUGAGUAUCUACUCGUCCAUCUUUGGCACUCUUCAGCUGCUCUGCCUGGUCUCCUGUCCUCUGAUUGGCUACAUCAUGGACUGGAGAAUGAAGGAGUGUGAGGCCGUGGUGACUUCAGCAGAGGGAGAAAAAAGUCCUCCUGGGCCUCCAAAGAGAGACGCGAAGAUCCAGAAACUCACCAACGCCAUCAGAGCUUUCAUCCUUACUAACACUCUGCUAGUCAUCUUCGGCAUCAUCUCCCUUAUAGACAAUCUACCCAUACAGGUGGUGUCUUUUGUUCUUCACACUGCAGUUCGAGGAUUUAUUCAUUCCUGCUGUGGUGGGCUCUACGCUGCUGUCUACCCAACUAAUCACUUUGGCACUCUGACGGGCUUGCAGUCUAUGAUCAGUGCUGUGUUUGCCCUCCUACAACAACCACUCUUCAUGUGGAUGUUGGGACCGUUGAAGGGUGAUCCUUACUGGAUCAACUUGGGCCUGCUUGUGUUCUCAUUGGUUGGAUACCUGCUGCCAGGAUACCUCUUCUACCACAGGAGACAAAUUACAAAGGAGAAUACAGCACGUGAUAGUCUUUCAGUGAGCCAUUCAGCACAAGAAAGCAACAGCCUAAACCAAACAAAUGAUUCUGCAAAAUAUCAAACGAACGGGAACGUGGAAACAUUUAGUAUUGAGAUGAAUGUGAAUUAUAAACCUGAUUUUUGAGUAAUGGUAUCAUGGCACUUCAGAAACUGGGCUUCAUGUUCAGUCACUGUAAAGACUUGACAAAUAUAAAAGUGUUAGAAUGCAAGCAAAUGUGCAAUUUAAAGCAUCAGUCAAGGCUUUGACUGCGUGACUGGGCAGGAUGUAUUUUCAAGGCUUUUAUUAUCAAUCAGAAAAUCAUUAUGCCAUGACCUUCAAUAUAUAGUUUGCUGUUUUCUUCAUUGUUAUUGCAUUGACAAUUUGAAAUAUCCAUUAAAAUGGUAGUUAAAUGUUAUAUCUUAUUAUUAAGUUAAUAUUAUUAUAUCUAAACUUCCUCCCGUGAAGCACCUCCUGCCUCGUCACUUAUGUUAAAAACAGUAUGAAAUCAAAAUUUGCUUUAUUUACUUUCUUAGGAAAAUCAAGUGUUGUUGUGCACAAUUUAUCAGUGCACAUUAUACCAAAGACAAUCAUUUUGUGUUCAUAAUCUUUUAUCAAAUCUUGAUCUAACUUGCUGAGAUACUAAGGGGAACCUGACCUUCAGUCUCCAUGUCUCGAUCAAAAAGCCUCUAUGGCAGAAGUUUUGGGAGAGUAGCUCAGAAUUAACUGUGAAUUCUUAUUCUACCAUGUUAUGAUCUUCAUUGUGUAUGUGCAGGACACAGACACAUUCAAAUUCAUAUUAGUAUGCAUAGUCAAAAGUUUAAACCAUUAAUGGAAUGUAGAGAAUGUAACGUUUUUCUGUACGGGUAAACCCAAUCUCCCUUCAAGACUCGGGUAAAUGAGGCAGGGCUUCAUGAAAAGCUCACUUUACCUUGACAUGGAUCAUUUUAAUUUUAAAACAUUGGUCGAUUUUUUUUGUUGUCAUCCCUCUCUCACAAAAGUUGAUGGAAAUGCAGCUUUAUAUUACAAAAGGUAUUGCAGAGGCCAGUUUUGCACUAUAUUCUUUUUCAAAAGUGCUGUUCUGUAUGUUACAGGACUGUAAUCAUGCUAUCAGUUUCAAGGACUCUACUGAUUUUUCAACAUAAUGGUGCUUGUACUGUGCUCAUGUCUUUAAAUAUGCCUGAAAGAAAAAAAUUAAAUAUAUUCAAAAAUUUUCUCACAAAUCAGCCCAUUUCUUAGCUGAUUAUUUAUUUGUAAAAAAAGAUUCCAAAAUAAGUUGAAUGAAAAAUACUCCAUUCAUCAUACUCAUAAAUAGACACAGAGGCACUUAGACACUUACAAAUACAACAGAUGUGAUGUUUACCAGGUGUUCUGGUACAUUACAUAAUAAUAUACUCUCACACAUCUGACUCACUGUAACAUUAAAUCUGUGACAUCCCAGAAAAGGCCCAAUU